UCUAUAUGAGGAGAAAAUUAGCUGUGACAAUACUCUGAAAGCCAAACAGGCUAACUACCAGAUCCCCAAAAACAGAGAAUUGUCGAUACUCACGCCAAAGAGAAGAAGAAGAAGAAGAAGAAGGAUGGGUGUGGUGAAGUCGGCGUUAGGGGAUAUGCUGAUGACCUUCUCCUGGGUUGUCCUCUCCGCGACCUUCGGUUUACAGACGACGGCGAUUGUCUCCGCCGGCGGUUUUCAAGGAAUCACUUGGGCACCUUUGGCGAUUAUCACGUUUCUGAUUUUCUUCUACGUUUCGAUCUUCACCGUUGUCUUCGGCGGCGCUAGCUUCAACCCUACCGGAAACGCCGCCUUCUAUGUCGCCGGUAUCCCCGGAGAUACUCUUUUCUCCUUGGCUAUCAGAUUACCUGCUCAGGCAGCUGGUGCUGCAGGAGGUGCACUGGCCAUUAUGGAGUUCAUACCAGAGAAGUACAAGCAUAUGAUUUCAGGGCCUUCCCUUCAGGUUGAUGUGCACACCGGAGCUAUUGCAGAAACCAUCUUAAGUUUUGGUAUUACCUUUGCGGUUUUGCUUAUUAUCCUCAGGGGCCCACGAAGAUUACUCGCUAAGACGUUCUUGCUUGCUCUUGCAACCAUCUCAUUCGUUGUUGCUGGGUCUAAAUACACCGGACCAGCCAUGAAUCCUGCCAUUGCGUUUGGGUGGGCAUACAUGAACAGCUCUCACAACACAUGGGACCAUUUCUACGUCUACUGGAUCAGUUCUUUCGUAGGAGCUUUAUCUGCUGCACUUGUCUUCCGUUCUAUCUUCCCGCCACCUCGGCCGCAGAAGAAACAGAAGAAAGCCUGAGGAGAAACCAAUGGGGGGGAGAACACCGGUCAGAUUCUUUACCGGACUGGGCUGUAGGAAGAUUAAGAAGGUUUCUCCAUUCUAAAAUAAGGAGAAACCGGAAAAAGUCUAAAUCAUUGUUUAAAAAAUUCACGCUUUAUUUAUGGAUUUGUGUGGACGUCACUAUUCUCCGGUUUGUGCAUAAAAAUCAUUCAGACUCUAUUCCGGUUAUAUCAAUGUCUGGUUUAGUUUA